AAGACUCAUUUGAUUUGUUUUUUUGUUUUCAUUCAGUCUUUAUUCAUUCUUCAACCAAUCCAUUCCCGCAUCGCACCUAACGUUGUUCUCCGGCCACCGUCUACGACGGAGCGCCGAAAUCUCUCUCGUUGAAUCUGUUAACCCGGGGCUUGUGAAGCUUUAGGCAAACAUCCAUGGAUAGAGUCUUGAACAAGCUCCGCAAUUUGGAUGCGUACCCUAAAGUCAAUGAAGAUUUUUAUAACCGCACGCUCGCCGGCGGGGUCGUCACCGUUGUAUCUGUCACCGUUAUGCUUUUCCUUUUCUUGUCCGAGCUAAGAUUAUAUCUCUACACUGUUACAGAGAGUAAGCUUUUGGUGGAUACUUCAAGGGGAGAAACCUUGAACAUCAAUUUUGAUGUCACUUUUCCUUCUGUUCGAUGUUCAAUACUCAGUUUAGACACAAUGGAUAUCAGUGGCGAGCGGCAUCAUGAUAUACUACACAAUAUAAUGAAACAAAGAAUUGAUGCUAAUGGUAAUGUGAUAGAAGCUAGGAAGGAAGGAAUUGGUGCACCCAAGAUUGAAAGACCCUUACAAAAACAUGGUGGCAGACUUGAACAUGAUGAAAAAUAUUGUGGUUCAUGCUUUGGUGCAGAAGAGUCAGAUGACCACUGUUGUAAUAAUUGUGAAGAGGUUCGGGAGGCAUAUAGGAAGAAGGGCUGGGCAAUGUCAAAUAUGGAUUUGAUCGACCAGUGUCAAAGAGAGGGUUUUGUGCAGAAGGUAAAGGAUGAAGAAGGUGAAGGAUGUAAUAUUCAUGGAUCUCUUGAAGUGAAUAAAGUGGCAGGAAAUUUUCAUUUUGCAACCGGGCAAAGCUUUCUUCAGUCAGCUAUCUUUCUGGCUGAUCUGCUUGCUUUGCAGGAUAAUCAUUAUAAUAUAAGCCAUAGGAUCAACAAUUUAAGUUUUGGUCACCAUUACCCCGGAUUGGUUAAUCCUCUUGAUGGGGUAAAAUGGUACCAAGGAACUAGUCAUGGCAUGUACCAGUAUUUCAUAAAGGUCGUCCCUACAGUAUACACAGACAUCAGAGGCCGAGUUAUACAUUCGAAUCAGUAUUCUGUGACUGAGCAUUUCAAGAGUUCAGAACUAGGUGCUGCAGUUCCUGGGGUUUUCUUCUUCUAUGACAUAUCGCCAAUAAAGGUCACCUUUAAAGAGGAACAUAUUCCAUUUUUACAUUUCUUGACCAAUAUUUGUGCAAUUAUUGGAGGUAUAUUCACAAUUGCUGGAAUAGUAGAUUCGUCAAUAUAUUAUGGUCAGAGAACAAUAAAAAAGAAGAUGGAGAUUGGAAAAUAUAGAUAGUGGAGUCAGGUCACAACAUCCUUCCUAUAUGGAUAUGCUCUAAUGUCCCGGUUGAAUCAGCUCUUGACUUGUGCUUGGUUGGUUGGUCAGUGCAUGCGCGUUGCAAUAUAGCACCGCGAUUAAGCAGAGCCGUUGAUUCAGUUGAUUAAUGAAUUGCAUCUUUGGAACUUGAUGAUAGCAGCUCUAGCCAUUUUCAUGUAUUUUGAAUCAUUUGUGGUCGUUAAGUUAUAAUCCAAAUAUUUUGGUCCCUUUCCUAUAUUAGAUUUUCAUAAGGUGUAGAAGUCUGUGUUUUGGAAUGAGAUUUGAAGAAAACUUGCAGGAUUA